CUCUCACUUCCCUUUCUUCGUCUGUCUCUGUCUCUGUUCGCUCGCCUCAUCCUUCCAUCUCCUCCUCCUCCUCCUCCCUCCUCUUCUUUCCCUUCUUCCUUUUCCUUCCUCCUUGAUCCUGCUGAACCAACGACGACGACGACCCCCGCCCAUGAAGCGGAGACAUGCGAUAGCAAAACGAAAAACCGACCUUCAACCACCACGCCCGCACUCGUCCGUUCAUCAUCGCCGACUCACGCGGUCCCUCGACUCUGGUGUCAGGACAACAACCACAAACCUCCAUGGAACGGUAGAGCGGUCGCCACCGAAAUGCUUAAUGGAUGGACACCAAUCAUCAUCGAGUGGGCGCUAAUCGCCCUGUCGCUCAUCUUUGUCCUUCUGCGCAUAUACGUCCGCUUCUCGGUGCCGACCACCGAUCCCCACUACAAGCUGGCCGAUGCCAUCGUCAUCGUGGCGUGGCUGGCGCUCGCAGUCAUGGUCGUGCUGGAUACAGUGCUGUCAAAGUUGUCGCUGUUCGAUUCCGCGAGCAAUUUCGAUCGGACGUUGGUCAUGAAGAACGAGAAGCCGGAGGAUAAUGUUCGGAUGUUGAAGAUUAUUUACGCCUCCGUCUUUCCGUACACCGUCGCCAUUUACCUCGUUAAAGCGGCGCUUCUGAUAUGGUACUACACCAUAACGCCCAAGACGCUGACACGCUGCCGCCGCGCUCUGCAGCUCAUAUCGGCACUUUGCGUCAUCAGCUUUCUCCUGGCGUUAGGAUUCAGCUUUCUCUGGUGCUGGCCGGUGUCGAGGAAUUGGACACUGGAGGGACCACGGAUAUGUAUCGCGUCGGCUCAGGCCCCCACUUUCUACAUCACUUUCGCUUGCCACAUCCUGACCGACUUACUGAUCUUCGUCUACCCUUUUCCGCUGAUGAGGCACGCUCGGCUUGCGCGGCACGACCGCCGCGCAUGGGGUAUUGUUAUUCUAUUUGCGUUGGGCUUUCUGGCGAUCGCAUGCACCCUUGCUCGGGUCGCUGCCACCAUCAUGAGCGGGACCACCAAUGUGGUUGCAGUAUGGACGACAGUCGAAUGCACCACCGGCAUCAUCAUCGCCUGCUGUCCUGCGCUCCGCAUCCUGAUACAAUCCUCCAAGCCAGCAGCCCGGAUCCACCACCACCACCACCACCACCACGACUGCGGCUCAUCCCCGAAACACCACCACGGUUCGACCGACACUUACGCCUCGACGUACGUCUCGACGAACCACACGGUACGCACGACACUAGCCGCCAGCGAGAUAUGGGACGGCACGGACUCGACGGCGCCGGAGUGGAUACGACUGGGGUCGCGGGGGAUGAUGCACAGCGGAAACGGCGGGAUGUUCCACGGCGGCGGCGGGAAGGACAUCGAGAUGGGCAGUUUCGUCUCUGGCUGCGGCGACGACGACGAGAACGACAUUAAGGCGAUGCACACCACGCACGGCUGUGGAGGAGGUGGGCACGGUGGGCAGCAAGUGCACUCGCCCGCCAGCUCGAAAGCACCAGGCUUCGUUUUGCAGCCCGGACGGGGGAUAAUACAGCAUGCGCCCGGGGUCGCGCCGUCCGGCGGCGUCCCCUGCUGGAUGGACCUUCCCGACCCACCGUUCCUGUCGGAGAAAGACGAGGACGACGACGACAGCGACUGCGAUCACAGCCAGAAACUGAAUCCUCCGCCGCCGCCCAGCAAGACCAAGCUGCGGUGGGAGGUGGACGACGGCGGAAAGGAGUGGGAUGACGGAAGCGUGCAGGAGAAUCGCGAUCGGUGGGACUCGAUAUGUCCGCGCGCCUGUGAGCGGCUGGACAGAAUCGUCGAGACGCUGAGUGAACCCGCCGCUGCGACUAAGAGGUGGAGUCAGGGAAGCUUUGGCGACCGGAAUAGUCAUCACCAUCGCAUCGGACGGAAGGACGACGAUGAGGAGGAGCGCGCCGUCAUCAGCAAGGAGGCGUUCUUUUUCGAUUGAUCCGAUAUGACCAGGGGCGGAUUCCUUUCCUGUAAUGACGGCAUUUCGGUUUUUUUUAUUGCAUUGCAUUUUA